AUUGAUUGAAAUGAGUUAAUUAUCUACUUCUUUAUCUAAAAUAUUUGGAAUCAUAUUCGUAAGGGCAUAGGAUGGUACAAGAUUAUACUCAAAAUAUUAUCCUUAAUUGUUUCCUAAGAAUUUAUUAAGAGUACCAGAGGGUGUACUUACUAAUAUUGACGUGUAAAAAUAAUUUGAACAUAAUGUUUGGGAGAAGGGAAAGAGAGUUGGAGCUCGUUUAACAAAAGGAAGUGAAAGUAUAGAUGAUGAUUAUGAUUUAAAGCUGAGAUAUUUCAAUACUGCUAGUUCAACAUUGUAAUGAAGGCAUUUAAUGAAGUCCACUUGUUUGUAUUGGGUGAUUUUGAAGAAAAUGAGAUCAUAUUGUCUUAAGUCAUAAAUGGAAUCUACGAGUCAUUAAAUCACAUAACAAAAGAUCAUAUCAAUAAGAAAACUUUAUUGGAGAACUUCGAUUAAGUCAUAAUUAUUAUUGAUGAGAUUUGCGAUCAGGGGUAUAUAGUUAUAUAGAAUUAUUAAUAUUAGAAUAAUUAUUACAAUGGAUCCAUCAGUGAUUAUAGCAAGAGCAACCAUGAGAGAUACUGAAUCUGUAAGUUUAGAUAAAUAGGAAACUAGUGGUUCUACAGGAGGAGCCUUUUCAUCAGUAUUUGCAUCAGCCAAGAGAACAUUUGCUCAAUAAUUUAUGGGAUCUGGUUGAAUGUUAUUUUAGAUGUUAUUAUUAUAAGACCU